AUGGUGGUCACGAUCGAGGGAUCUUCUCCCAGCCUCGAAACAGGUGACGAAGCUUUCUUGAAAAUGUUUGAUCGGAGAGGUGCGCAACAGAUCCGUCAAGACAAUGGUAUUGAUGUAUGGAGUGAAGAUAUCGAGCAAGAAUUUGGGAGAAACCUGAGCUCUGGAAAGAUCGAAGAGUUUCUGGAAAAGCUACGAACUGUACCAGACUUUCAGGACGAGACAGAGGAGGAUUGGGAUGCCGCUGAGAAUGAGGCUUUUCUCACCGCUGAAAUGCGGAAGUGCUUUGAUGCGGAAGUUGCGACAUAUUCUCGUCUGCAGAAGUUUCAGGGGAUAUUUAUUCCUCAUCUCUUGGCUGUUGUCGCUCUCGACACCGAUCUACCCAAUGUGGAACUCAGUCCACAACAGCGAGACAUCUAUCGACCGAAAGGUGUUCUAUUACAAUAUCUUUCAGGGUUCUCACUAACAACCCUGGCCGACAACGCACCAAAAGAAUCAUGGCAAGGCAUCGUUGAUCAAGCCAUCCAAAUAGUCCACGUACUCGACGAUCACGAGAUUCUUAACGCCGACGUCCGCCCUGACAACUUCAUCAUUGUCCCAAAAGACGAUAAGUAUGAUGUCUUCAUGAUAGACUUUGGACAAUGCAGGUUUCGGAGGGAGGAUGAAUCUGACGAACAGUGGGGAAGGGUCAAGUGGAUACAGGAUGAAGAAGGUGCUGUGGGCUAUGUGAUGAGGAUGACUUUGAGAAAGGUUGGGUUUGAGCUUCGCUAUGAGCCUUCGGAGAGGUACCUGGCCUGGGCUCCUGGGGAGGAUGACUAG